CUCUGUGAUGUUGACUCACCUUACCACAGCAAGAAACAGGUGAGCUAUAUAUCAUGCUCCAGUGAAGAAAUCCAUUCACUUCCACCAACUCUUGAAAGGUGCAGAAGACAUUUCCUGUCUUCCCAGAAAGGAAAGAGAUGAUUCUGCUGGCUGCAUUCCUGGGCCUGGCUGCUGUGCUGCAGCCGUCCAGCGGACAGACAUCAGGUUUUGCUUCUCUGUCAACUGACAAAGCAGAUCAACAAAAGGAGAUUGUUGACAAGCACAAUGCCCUAAGGAGAGGGGUGAUGCCAACUGCUCGCAACAUGCUGAGGAUGGAAUGGAGUCCUGCAGCUGCAGAGAAUGCCAAAAGUUGGGCAAAUGAAUGUACUUUAUCCCACAGUCCUGAAAACAGAAGGACAACUACAGUGGGCUGUGGCGAAAAUCUCUACAUGUCAACUGCACCCAAUUCCUGGUCAGAUGCAAUUCAAGCCUGGUACAAUGAGGUGGAAAAUUUCAUGUACGGCAUUGGACCAACCAAACCAGGUGCAGUGAUUGGCCAUUAUACUCAGGUAGUUUGGUACAAGUCUUACCAGAUUGGAUGUGCAGUUGCCUUUUGUCCUGAGAGCGAAUACAAAUACUUUUAUGUUUGCCAUUACUGCCCUGCGGGGAAUAUCAAUUCCUUAAAAACACCUUACGAAUCAGGAGCCGCGUGUGGAGAUUGCCCCAAUGCUUGUAACGAUGGACUAUGCACCAAUCCUUGUACGUAUGUGGACACAUACUCAAACUGUCCUGAUUUAGCAAAGAACUAUGGAUGUGAACACUCCAUGAUCAAGAAAUACUGUCUUGCCGCCUGCCAUUGCGCCACUGAAAUAAAAUAACAGCCUCGGAUUCCGCCCUUCAUGGAAAUUCUUCUUUUUAAUGAGAGCACCUUUUAGAAAAUCAGGGUCCCAUCUUGCAGCCCUCAUGUGUGUAGUCCUAGUGACUUCAAUAGGGCUACUCAUCUGAGUGUAGGAUCUAUCCAUUCAAUUUAGGUUCUUAUCCUACUUUAAUUCUUUGUUUUAAAAUGUUGUAGAUUUUUCUUCUUUGCUUGAAAUUCAGCAUCUGACAUGCUAGACUUAUAUCAUAUUCCAUGACUGAGAUUUCUUCUCCAUCAAUAGCAACUACACUCUCUACAAAAUACUAUUUAAAGUACUAUCUAUCUAAAGAUCAGUUCCUGCCAAGAUAUACAUGUAUAGUCCUUAUUCUGUAAGUAAUCCCAUUGAUACAAUGGGCCAGACAUAGAAUCAUAGAAUAUCAGGGUUGGAAGGGACCUCAGGAGGUCAUCUAGUCCAACCCCCUGCUCAAAAGCAGGACCCAUCCCCACUUAAAUCAUCCCAGCCAGGGCUUUGUCAAGCCUGACCUUAAAAACUUCUAAGGAAGGAGAUUCCACCACCUCCCUAGGCAACGCAUUCCAGUGUUUCACCACCCUCCUAGUGAAAAAGUUUUUCCUAAUAUCCAACCUAAACCUCCCCCACUGCAACUUGAGACCAUUACUCCUUGUCCUGUCCUCUUCCACCACUGAGAAUACAUCUCCAUCUUCAUUCAUGUGGAGAGUCACCUUACUGCACAAGCAUUCCUGCUAGUUGCAACAGGAAUACAAGGGUUGUAAGGUCUUAAUCAAUGGGAGUAAGGGUAGCAGAACUGUUCCCACUAAAAGUACUGAGGGCUGGAUUCUGCCACACUUGAUCACAUGGAGUAGUACCUUACUCUGCAAAUAAACCUGUGGACUGCAUUGCAAGGAGGACAUCAGAAUUUGGUUCAUUUAGAUUAAUUGGACUACUCCUAGUAUAAGAUACUACCCAGCAUGAAUAAGAGUGCCAAAAUCUGACCCUCAGUGAAAAAGGGCUGUUGGAACAAUGGCAUCAAUAAGUCUAUUCUUGAAAGUAAUUACCACACAAGGAAGGAAGGAUUAUGAGAUAGGGAAAUGUUCUUCUAAUAACAAAUAGAGAGCUGUCACCUGAGUUACUUUUAAAUUGUCAUUUCUGUAUUACUCAUUACAUUACUCGUUCGAUAUUGCACAAUUUGUUUUGGCUUUUAUUACUUUUGCUUCAUGUAAAAUACUGUUUCACCAGGUUCCCUGGAGUGUAAGUCUUUAUCACAAUUCUUUGUCCGUAUAGCCUUGGUGCUGCAAUCAGUGUUUGACUGAUAUUCCUGGAAACACUGCAGAAGAUCUGUAACACACAGUUAUAUUUUGAAGAGGUGAAGUUUCUCGGGUAGAAAAAGUCAAAGAAUGUAGACAUCAGAGAAGCAAUUCUAGUCCAAGUAACAACAAAUAGACAAAAAGUUCUGCGGCUCACAAAGGGCCAAGUCGAAUGAGUAAAGACUAUUCAUGUAAGGAGGUGGAAUUUCACUAAGAAUGAAUUUGCCCUUCUCUCUCCUUCUUACAUUCAGUCUGGCAUCCGGUUUCCUCCCACCUCACUAUCACAGAGAGGGAGUGUUAUAGAUAAUACACAACAACUGUCUCUGAGCUUUGGGAAAGAGCUGUUGCAUUGGGCAUUCAGCAGAGAGUGGAUAACAAUGAACCCACAGUUCCCAUAGCAUCCCUUUAGUUCUCCAUAACACGACUUCUCCUUUAGGCACUCUGCCAUGCAGGGCACCUCUAUAGCUUUAAAGGCCCUGAUUCAACAGAGUACUUAGGCAGACGUUGAACUUUAAGUGCAAGCUUAUGUAAGCAAAUGCUUGCAGUUGAGCACAUGAUUAAGUGUUUUGCUGAAUCAGGGCCAAAAGCAUGAGUAGUGAAUAAACCAUUCAUUCAUUUUACACCUGCCAAAAAAAGUAUUACAUAUGGAUAUGAAGAACAUCCAAAGUUACAAUUAAUACAGUUUAGAAGGGAUAUUAAACCUUGUGCUUCAGGGAUAAGCUAAAUUCCAACUAUGAGAGACAAGAAUGAGAGCUAAUGUGGGAAAAAGGGGAUUGCAGGGUUCUUACACCUUCCUCUGGAUUAGCUGGUACUGGGCACUCUCGGAGACAGGAUACUGAAUUAGAUGGACCCCUGGUCUGGUCCAGUUUGGCACUCCCUAGGUUACCCAUUGCACAAGUGAUACCAUAUAUGGAAUGUGACUUCCUCUCUAAAACCUUAUGCUGGCUUGUUGGCUCCUGUCUCAAAAUACAGUUGUCGUCAG